AUGUCCUUUUUUGGGUUUGAUACCAGCAUGCCUCCAAAAGGAGCGCAAGAUAGCAAAAAACAGAAAGAAUUGGACUUUGAGGAGACGUACCAGGGCCUUGGCGAUUACGAGCAGGAGGAAGACGACUAUUUGAACGCAGAGACGUUUGGCGAUGGUGCAGACCUCGGCAACGAUUUUGACUUUGGGUACGGGAAGGGCGCACUAGAGGGCGGGCCGGCCUAUGGGGCUGUAUCGUAUGCGCCAACGAUGUCGUAUGCAGCAGCAGCCAGCGGGGCACCAAAGAAGUUUGACGACAAUGUGGAUUUGCAGCCAAUGGAGUCGCUGUGGGGAAGCGGGCAAACGGCCCCUGGGUCUGCCACGUUUCCCGAACAGGCGAUUGGGAUGCAGGAUACUGCGCGUUCUCCGGAACAGAUGGUAAUGCCUCCGCCCGGGUUUAUGGCGGUUCCACAGGGCGUGCCUCAGGGCGUAUCUCAGGGAGUCCCUCAGGGAAUGCCUCAGGGAAUGCCUCAGGGUGUGCCUCAGGGUGUGCCUCAGGGUGUGCCUCAGGGUGUGCCUCAGGGUGUUCCGCAAGGAAUGCCGCCGCAGGGGUACGCCUUCGCUCCCCAGGGCUAUGUGCAGGCUCCCCAGCAGUACCAGUACGCUCCCCAGGGUAUGCCUGCGCAGUUUUCUCAGGGGCUACCUCAGCAGUUCCAGCAGAUUCCGAUAAUGAUGGGCCAGCCUCAGACUUCUUCGCCGGAUGUGAACCCGCUACAGCAGCAGCCUGCGCAGGGGCACAUUGAUGUGCCGCUUGGCAUGCCUUCCAUGCCUCCUGGCAUGCAGCAAGAUAUGGGUGUUCCUCAACAUGCGAUUAUUGCGUCCCCUCAGCAGGUGCAGGCGCAGUUGGCGGAGCAGCAGCUGUCCCCAGUGCAGAACUCCACUUCAUUGAUGCAGCGGGGCCCUGCUUCACCUUCGGCGCAAAACCGCAUUCCGACCCCGCCACACACACCUAGGGACUUUAGGCGUGGAUCGACUAGAAGGCACCACGAACCGUUGACGGAAGAAGAGCAAAAGAGGCUCCACAUUCGCCAGGCCAAGGUUGACAAGAUUUUAAAACAUUCUGGUGUUAUGACACCCCGUGACAAAGAUUUUAUUACCCGCUACCAAUUAUCACAAAUUGUGACUGAAGACCCGUACAACGAAGAUUUCUAUUUCCAGGUGUACAAGAUUAUACAGCGUGGAGGAGCGGUCGGCGAGUCGAACAAGGGACUCAUUGCUAGGGCAUACUUGGAGCACUCUGGCCACCGGCUCGGCGGCCGUUAUAGGCGCGCUGAUGUUGCUCUCCAGAGGAUGCAGUCCCAAGUUGAGAAGGCUGUGACUGUUGCUAAGGAACGGCCACAGAAGAAUAAGGAUCUUGACAGUGCUAAGGAGGGUGUGUUAGGCAAGAUCUCUUCAACUAUGAAUUCGAGAGCUCCGCGUAGGCAGUUACAGCUCCCUACGCACAAGGAUGACGAGUCAGGGUAUGAUGACUCGUCCGCGGUAUCCUCCAGUGCACUGGACGAAGUUGCUCAUACUCUGGAGGGCGUUGAAAUUGCCAAGUCCAAGGGUCGGAGAAGAUCUUCAUAUAUGUUCAGCUCAAUGGAUCACCAUUCCGUUCUCUCCCGCUCCGGAGGGAGGAAGUUUGUUCUUUCCUUAAUUGAGUCGAUAUACGAAGAAGUUCUGGAACUGGAAGCCGUGCUCAGAAAUGGGAAGCAACCAGAUGUCACCAAACUAUGGGAAGUUCUCCACAUAGAUGACGACUCUCACGAGGUCAGCCCAUUCAUUUCUAUUCUAUCGUUUGACAAAGGUGUCAAGAUUAUGCCUAGAAUCAUGAACUUUCUAUCCAAGGAGCAGAAGAUGAAGCUUUUCUCUUGCUUCUUCAAUGAACUGUCCUACUUGAAUAUUAUUAUGAAGAGCUCCUACAAAACGAACCCUAAUCCAACUGACUCACAACUUAAGAAAAUUGAACUAUUCCAGUCCGCAUUCUUGAAGAUUAUCGUUUCCUUUUUGUCCAACCAUGCGGAGUUCAUCGAGGUUGUAACACUUCUGCUAUGCUUGAUCAAGAAUAACAAUAUUUCAUUUAUCAGCACUUCGAAGAUUGGUUUGAAUCUAAUAACUGUGUUAAUAUCGCGCGCAGCAUUGAUUAAACAAGAUAUUAGCAUAGGCAAUGGCUCAUCUAACGUAGAGAUAUCGACCUGGAAUGAUGUCUACGUUAAACUGUUUACUGCCUUGGAAACGAAACUCCUAGCCAUAUUUCCACCUAAAGCAUAUAUGGAUAAGGUUAUCGCUAUGACUGUCUCGCAACAGAACCAAGCUAUGUCUGCGCUUUCAUCAGGUGGCGCUUCUCAACACCCACCUCAUCUGGCUUCUCCGUUUUACGAUUUGUCUUAUAUUUGGCAAUUCUUUGCGUCAUUAGCGCUAUCAGGUAAGCUAAAUCACCAGCGUAUCAUCAUAGAUGAAAUUAGGGACGAGAUCUUUGGCACCAUCUCGAAGGCGGAAGAGUUGGAGAAGCAAUCACAGGAUCCAGCUUAUCUUUACCAACGCAACAAGAUGUACCAGGACCUCAACUUAUUCCUGAACGUCAUCGGGCUUGUAGCCCGCGAUGGUGAAAUAAGCGAAUUAAAAUAA